AUGGCUAAUGUUUCAGAGACAACUUUAGAGAACACACCAACAUGGGCUGUGGCAACAGUUUGCUUCAUAAUGAUAGUUAUCUCCAUUUUUAUUGAGCAUUUGCUCCAUAUAUUGGCCAGGUAUUUCAAAAGGAAAAGGAGGAAAUCCCUCACUGAGGCUCUUGAAAAGAUUAAAACAGAAUUGAUGCUUUUGGGUUUCACAUCUCUGCUGCUAACGGUGAGCGAAAAAUCAAUUGCAAAUAUUUGCAUUCCAAAGGGUGUAGGUGAAACUCUUAUUCCCUGCGCAAGCAUAGCUUUUGACGAUGCUGAGGAAGAAACAAAAUGUGCAGAGCAGGGAAAAGUAUCAUUGUUGUCGAGGGAAGGUGUCAGAGAGCUGCAAUACUUCAUCUUUCAUCUGGCUGUGUGCCAUGUUGUUUCCUGCAUUCUCACCUUUGGUCUUGGAAUGGCGAAGAUGAGGCGUUGGGAGUCUUGGGAAGGAGAAACUAAAACAUUGGAAUAUCAGUUUGCAUAUGAUCCACGGAGGUUUCAGCUCACUCGUCAGACACCAUUUGGAAAGCGGCAUCUUAACUAUUGGAGUAACAAUUCUGUAAUGUAUUGGCCUGUCUGUCUUGUUAGACAAUUUUAUAGAUCUGUCCCCAAGGUUGAUUACUUCACUCUUAGACAUGGAUUCAUCAUGGCCCAUUUUUCAGAAGAAAGUAACUUUGAUUUCCAAAAAUAUAUAGAACGGGCUCUGGAGAAUGAUUUUGGAGUUGUCGUGGGAUUAAGCUGGUGGAUUUGGAUCUUCUCUGUACUUUACAUAUUCUUCAAUGCAAAUGCAUUCUACAGCCAUUUCUGGCUGCCUUUUAUUCCGCUAAUGGUGCUUUUAUUGGUGGGAACAAAGCUACAAAGCAUAAUAACAGAUAUGUGUUUGGAUAGUCAUGACAAAUCCCAUAUGAUCAAAGGAACUUUGCUUGUGAGGCCCAGUGACCACUUUUUCUGGUUUGGAUGGCCCAAGCUGCUGCUUCAUCUCAUUAGCUUCAUAUUGUUUCAGAAUUCCUUUCAACUAGCAUUUUUCACAUGGACUUCGAUCCGAUUCGGCAUCAGAUCAUGCUUUCAUGAAGAAAUUGAGAAUAUCAUCAUAAGGGUAGCUAUGGUUGUUUCAGUACAAAUUCUUUGUGGCUAUGUAACACUACCACUUUAUGCUUUGGUAACUCAGAUGGGUACCUCGAUGAGAAAAGUUGUGUUUACAGAGAAUGUGAUUAGAGGAAUCCAAAUUUGGCAGGAUAAGGCCAAGAAGAAUAUGGCUCUUAGGAAUCCAUAUUCACAAGGCACAAGCUUAGACACUUCGCUUUCACUUGAAACUUCACUAGAGGCUUCGCCUUCUUUCAGGCUUGGUGCAUCGCUCUCCAAUUUUAUGGAUCGUCCAUUAGAUGUUAAUAAGCACAUGAAUGUUAAUAUUACACAAGGAGAAAUAGUGAGUGAACAACAAGAAUCCGAGAAUCAGGCAUCAAAUCUAAGUUCAUUUCAAGGAUUUAACCUGCAACUUUGAAUAGCAUUUAUAAGCUUUCUAGUUAGUCAUGAUUAUUGGAGAUAUAAAUUAAGCUAUACAUAUGUGAAAUUAUUAUAUGGUCUUGGAAUACCGGGUGUUUAUAUGUUAACAAGUAAAUUUUCAUUUACACACACAUGUAUA